AUGGUCAAAUCCUGUAACAUCAUGAACCUGACCAAAUUAAAAGACUUCCUGCACCUUUAUUUCAGCUCUGAUGACACCAGAAAGCGAGACCCUUGCUACAGCGGUGCUGCAGAAGCUCAGAAGAAGUCACAAAAGACUGGAACCGAUAAAGGCCCUAAGCAGACAGCUCAACAUAAAACCGGAAACCCCAAAAAGGGUCGCGACGGCCCUCAGAAGAUGGUUCCAGACCCCAACAAGGAACCACUGGCACCCUGCAAAUUCUGUCAGAAAAAGCGUCAUUGGAAUGUUUUCUGCUGGCAGAACCCAAACCAAAAAGAUCCUGAAGAUGGAAAGAAGGGACCAUAUGGAGCACCCAUGCCCGCAGGUUGGAAACCCAAACAGGAGUCCAAGAAGUUGUACAUAGUGGAGCUGGACUUGAUGUCUGCUACCACCGAGACUCUUUUUUUGGCUUUGGAACUGGAAAGGACAGCCACCGCUAAUCAAGGAUUCCACACCAUCGGAUUCUUUCAUUCACCCAAGCACUCAGAAUCAACAAUUUUGAUGACCGCACCUCUUUCCGAGGUCAUGGAGACUAAGGAAGAGGACCCCCGCAUGCCCAUGCAGGGCUGGGACCGAGUCUGGGACAACAUAGCCAUCAUCUGGGGCACCCCGCAAGUGGCUCUGAUGAUGGGUGACAACCCCCGCUGA